CGAGUGGCGGGCCUCAGCCAGUCCGUGAGCGGUACCUACACCUUCAAGGUCCGCGUCCUUGAAGGGGAACUCGUCCUCGAUUAUAUCCGUCUCGUACGCGUCGUACACGAAGACCCCUCGCGGCCAAGAUCUCCCCUCGUAAGAAGAUUGUGCCCCGCUCUUUACCCGAACCCCUCCCGUACACCGCUCGUCCCGGAAGUGGCCAUCAGGUGCUACGCCACAUCCCCACCUCACCUCGAUCGGUCUCCUUUCAUCCCUUCCUGAGUAACAGCGCCGGUCAAACAUCAGUUAAACGGAAGUGAUCGAGGGGUAAAGAGUUGGGUGAUAGCGAAGCAGCUCGUGGCAAGACGUCGAAGACGAACACGAAGACGACGUCGUGGAGAGGAAGUUGCGUUCCCCGUCGAGGGUCAGGACGAGCAUGAGGUCCGUGUUGGUGCUGCUCCUGGUAGCAGCUUUCGUCCUUGCCGAGGGCUCGAUUCGUGUGAAGCGCCAAGAGGACAAGAAGGAGGAGAGCUUCGAGAGCGAGAUCUGCAAGGACAAGGAUGCGGGAGAGUGGUUCAGACUGGUCGCCGGCGAAGGUGACAAUUGCCGCGACGUAAUUCAGUGCACGAGUUCUGGUCUGCAGGCGAUAAGAUGUCCGGCCGGCUUGUAUUUCGAUAUCGACAAGCAGACCUGCGAUUGGAAGGACUCGGUUAACAACUGCAAGUUGAAGAACAAAGAGCGGAAAGCCAAGCCCCUGCUCUACACCGAGGAGCCACUUUGUCAGGAUGGCUUCCUCGCCUGCGGGGACGGAUCUUGCGUCGAGCGAGGUCUCUUCUGUAACGGAGAAAAGGAUUGCACGGACGGGUCCGAUGAGAACAUUUGCGACAUGGACAACGAUCCCAACAGAGCUCCACCUUGCGAUCCCGCCGUGUGCGUUCUUCCUGAUUGCUUCUGCUCAGAGGAUGGCACCACGAUACCAGGCGACCUCCCGGGCAAAGAUGUACCACAGAUGGUCACGAUAACCUUCGACGACGCCAUCAACAAUAACAACAUCGGCCUCUACAAGGAGAUCUUCAGCGCCAAGCGCAAGAACCCGAAUGGCUGCGACAUCAAGGCCACCUUCUUCGUGUCCCACAAAUACACCAAUUACUCCGCGGUCCAGGAGAUGCACAGGAAGGGCCACGAGAUCGCCGUUCACUCUAUCUCGGUAAGGCAUAACGACGACGAGCGCUUCUGGUCGGAUGCGACCGUCGACGACUGGGCGAAAGAGAUGGCCGGCAUGAGGAUCAUCGCCGAAAAGUUCGCCAAUCUGACGGACAACAGCGUGGUGGGUGUGAGAGCGCCGUACUUGCGGGUCGGCGGUAACAAUCAGUUCACUAUGAUGGAGGAGCAGGCUUUCCUCUAUGACUCCACCAUUACCGCGGCCUUGAAUAAUCCUCCGCUCUGGCCGUACACUAUGUACUUCAGGAUGCCACACCGUUGUCACGGAAAUCUUCAGCAUUGUCCUACCAGGUCGCACGCUGUUUGGGAAAUGGUGAUGAACGAGUUGGACCGACGCGAGGAUCCUCAGAACGACGAGUACUUGCCAGGAUGCGCCAUGGUGGACUCCUGCAGCAACAUUCUGACCGGUGACCAGUUCUACAAUUUCCUCAACCACAACUUCGACCGCCACUACGAGCAGAACCGCGCACCCCUCGGUCUCUACUUCCAUGCCGCUUGGCUGAAGAAUAAUCCCGAGUUCUUGGACGCCUUCCUAUAUUGGAUCGACGAGAUCUUGCAGAACCACAAUGACGUCUACUUCGUGACGAUGACUCAAGUGAUCCAAUGGAUCCAGAAUCCGCGCACUAUCACCGAAUCGAAGAACUUUGAACCGUGGCGGGAGAAGUGCUCAGUGGAGGGUCCGCCAGCCUGCUGGGUGCCUCACACUUGCAAACUGACCUCGAAGGAGGUACCCGGAGAGACCAUCAAUCUCCAGACUUGCGUGCGUUGUCCCAACAAUUACCCUUGGGUGAACGACCCGACCGGUGACGGCUUCUUCUAAGUUGCCGAUCCUCCUUCUCGUCUAAGUCAAGUCCCUCCUUCUCCUUUCUCUCCGACCCUCCCGAUCCUCUCCUUCAUCAGACCUCGACCGGACCCAAUGGCGUCGGUCGAGGACCCGUCGCGCGAGUCUUCGCGGUCCAACAUAUCGCCAGAUAUCGUCGACUGACGCAUCAGCCGAGCAUCCUCGAGGCCUUCGAGAGCAACGGUGAUUACGGCGACGAGGCACACGGGAGAAGAGAGGGGGCAAAGUCGUCGUUAGUCCGUUAGACUCCGGUGACCAUUCUAGUUGCCAAUAUUUUGCUGUUUUAUCGUUGAGAACGACGUAUCUGUGAUGAUUAGUUUGUUCAGUUAGGAGACCGCAGAGUCUGAUGGGCUAAGGUCGAACGUAGCGAAGCCUUUUAUCCGCUUCACGCAUUCGCAGAUGUUUCCUCAUUGUAGACGUCUUCCUUCACCGCGAGAGGUUAAAGAAUUUGGCAAAAUUCGCGCGGCAAACACCGAGUCAUUCUUGAGAACUCACGGAAAUCGUAACUUUUCUCCGCGCGUGUCUCGUCGUUAGUUCGUCCGCUAGUUUAAAAAUUCACGUUCAUCAGAUAUCAGCAAUCUGUGAUAGACACCCGAGGGCGCAUCCUCCAAGUCCUCGAGGCGGCAACGAGACGGCCGCGUUGAUCGACCAUGACGACGACGACGACGACGACGACGACGACGACAACGACAACGACGACGACGACGACGACGACGACGACGACGACGACGACGAUGACGACAACGGUGACGAUGACAACGAGAGCCGCGCAUUCCACUCGAGUCGGCAAAUGCGAAGCAAAAUGAAGCAAAAUGUCGCGCCCCACCCGGACCCACGAGGAGAAAUCGCGGAUCCCUCGAUGGCGGCUGGCGAUCCGCGAGUGUGGGAUUCCACGUGUAAUAUAACCGUGUCUCCCUCGCUCUUGCACCUCGGAUUCCCCGUCGAGAGCCACACGACCGAUGCCGAUCUCAAUCGGCUAGUGCGCUUUCCUCCCGUCCCAGAAGCAAUCCACGAAGACCGCCAAAUUAAUUGUUCCCUGAUUUAAGGCGUGCCCUUAUUUUUUUUAAGGGUCCACCGACUCUUAUAUAUAAAUAUAUAUAAAUUUAUAUAUAUAAAUAAAAACGAAAUAUUGUAUAUGUAUAUUUGUAAAAGUAAGCGAUAUUGCCAAUACAGCGUUUUCGACGAACCUUUGAAUAAAAGAUUCAGAGAAAUCUUACACACACAAA